AGAGAGAGAGAGAGAGAGAGUGAGCACUGGCUUGUGGUCUGAGCCUUCGAAGCGAUGAUAUUCGAAGCGUCCUUGCGGGAACAGUUCACUCCAUGCCAGAUUGGCCAUUGACCGGUCCAGGCGGGAUUGGAUGAAGUGGCUAUAGCGGGUUCCUCUCCAUGAUAGUGAGUUACCCGAAUGUUGGAGAUCCCAGAUUCCAAACUGAGUGACGAAACUACGGAAAGAUAAGAAGGAGCCUUCCCACCGCAUAGGCCCUCCAAUCUUCUCCGAGUUAUUUAACAGAUCGUUAAAAUCACCCGUUAUUAGCCAUGAUUCAUCCCGUUGAGUUCCAAGUUCAGUUAAUUUAUUCCAAAAUUCGACUCUUUCAUCUCUUCUUGGGGCACCAUACACAUAUGAAACAAAGAAAGUUUUAUUCUGGUGCGUGAUACAAGUAUCAAUGAUGUUUGGUGAGGAGUACAAGACAUCAAGCUGUAUGUUUGACUUCCAAGAAAGCGCAAGGCCACCGCUAAGUCCUUCGGGUGGGACAGUAUAGUAAUGAGAGUAGUCCGAGCUCCGGUACGUAUUCAGUACCGCUUCAUCUUGAUUUUUUGUCUCCAUAAGGAACAUAAUGUCCGGGGAAAGCUUCGACUUGAUUUCCCGAAGACGAAGAAGGUUUCUCAACUCAAAUCUCGGUUCCAAUCUGUCAAACAGGUUCCAGCUUUAGCCUCCUUCCCUUCCACUCUUGUCUUAGUCUCUCGCUGAUAAUUAAUUAGCUCUUGUACAUUUUUUUCAGCUGGCUCUUGACUCAGUUUCCAAGCACAAGUUGGGUGGUAAAGUUCUAUCAACGGUUCAUCCAAACCUGAGUUCUGCUGCAAGUAUGUCUUCAUCUCCUUACAGACACACUCGAUGUAUGUCACCAUUUCGCAACGGUUCUCCAUUUCACCCCGACACUCGUAAGGAAACCGAGAGCCUGAGAGCUAACAGGCUGAACAAGCAUAUUAGUAACAUAAGCAACGCUUCAGCUAGCUCUCUCUUGGAGAAGACAGUAUAUGUCGACACCGAGGAUUCUCCCCAGACUAAUAUUAAGAUCUUUCCUGAGGAAGUAGAGAAGAAACCAGACACCAAUCUUGAGCUUGAAGAGUUAGGAAAGAUCAACAGUAGUCCUGGUCGGUCUCUUCUUGCACCACCAUUGCCCAACAAGCCUUCUGAAUCUUGGCUUUUGCAUAAUCUGCCUUCAGUAGUAAACUCUCAGAGCCCUUCACGUAGAUAUACGUUCCAACCCCAGAAGCAGAGUUUUAAUGAAAAUUCCACCAAUGUUACCAAGUGGGAAACUAUUGUCAAGACUUCUUACAUGCACAGAGAUCAUAUCCGAUAUUCCGAUGAACUGGUUGCUCAUACAUCCCUUAAGUGAGAGCCUGAAGCUUCUUGAGAUGUGACCAGUGUACAUGAGUUUACGGGUGAAAAAAAGUGUGUGAUUGUUUUAUUAAAUCUCUUAAGAGUGAUUCACAUUGUGGAGCUUCAAUAUUUGUGACUUUUACCUAAUAAGAAUCACUUGUCUUUUGCCUAA